CGGCCGACCACACCUCAGUAGUCACUCCCAGAUAAAACUCUCCCUGCCUGGUGGCUGCCACGAACAGAGGAGCCUGUGUCGGGGCCCCGUCGGGACAGGGAGCCAUGCCCAGGUACACGGUGCACGUGCGCGGAGAAUGGCUGGCCGUGCCCUGCCGGGACGCGCAGCUCACCAUUGGCUGGCUGGGCCGCGAGGCCGUCAGGAGGUACAUCAAGAAUAAGCCAGACAACGGGGGCUUCGCCUCGGUGGACGACGUGCGCUUCCUCGUGCGCCGGUGCAAGGGCCUGGGCCUGCUGGACCAUGAGGACCUGCUGGAGGUGGCCCUGGAGGACAACGAGUUCGUGGAAGUGGUUAUAGAGGGCGAUGCCAUGUCUCCUGACUUCAUUCCAUCACAACCAGAAGGAGUUUACCUAUACAGCAAAUACCGGGAGCCUGAAAAGUACAUUGCCUUAGAUGGGGAAAGUCUGACCACAGAGGAUCUGGUCAACUUGGGGAAAGGACGCUACAAAAUAAAGCUCACCCCAACUGCUGAAAAGAAGGUGCAAAAAUCCAGGGAAGUCAUAGAUAGCAUCGUGAAAGAAAAAACUGUUGUUUAUGGUAUAACUACAGGUUUUGGGAAAUUUGCCAGAACUGUAAUUCCUGUCAAUAAGCUAGAAGAGCUCCAGGUCAACUUAGUACGUUCACAUUCUUCAGGCGUUGGGAAACCACUAAUCCCUGAGAGAUGUCGGAUGCUCUUGGCUUUAAGGAUCAAUGUCUUAGCCAAAGGAUACAGUGGCAUUUCCCUGGAGACCCUCAAGCAAGUUAUCGAAGUAUUUAAUGCCUCCUGCCUGCCCUACGUUCCAGAGAAAGGAACCGUUGGCGCCAGUGGGGACCUUGCCCCACUCUCUCAUCUUGCUCUUGGGCUAAUUGGAGAAGGGAAGAUGUGGUCUCCAAAGAGUGGCUGGGCUGAUGCGAAAUACGUCCUGGAAGCUCAUGGAUUGAAACCAGUUGUUUUGAAACCGAAAGAGGGCCUGGCUCUCAUCAACGGGACACAGAUGAUCACCUCCCUGGGCUGUGAAGCCGUGGAGCGAGCCAGUGCUAUUGCGCGCCAGGCAGACAUCGUGGCGGCCUUGACCCUUGAGGUGCUGAAGGGCACCACCAAAGCCUUCGAUACUGACAUUCACGCAGUCCGCCCUCACCGUGGGCAAAUUGAAGUUGCUUUUCGGUUUCGGUCACUCUUGGACUCAGAUCACCACCCAUCUGAAAUAGCAGAAAGUCACAGGUUCUGUGAUCGUGUUCAGGAUGCAUACACCUUGCGCUGCUGUCCACAGGUCCAUGGUGUGGUGAACGACACCAUAGCGUUUGUGAAGAACAUCAUUACCACAGAACUUAAUAGUGCAACCGAUAAUCCUAUGGUUUUUGCCAGCAGGGGAGAGACUAUUUCUGGAGGAAACUUCCAUGGUGAAUACCCAGCCAAAGCCCUAGACUAUUUGGCCAUUGGAGUCCAUGAACUUGCUUCAAUUAGUGAAAGAAGAAUUGAAAGGCUCUGUAACCCCUCUCUCAGUGAGCUGCCUCCCUUCCUGGUGGCUGAAGGUGGUCUGAACUCUGGGUUUAUGAUUGCACAUUGCACCGCUGCAGCGCUUGUUUCUGAAAACAAGGCUCUGUGCCACCCCUCGUCUGUGGACUCUCUCUCCACCAGCGCUGCCACGGAAGACCACGUCUCCAUGGGAGGAUGGGCAGCAAGGAAGGCCCUUCGGGUCAUCGAGCACGUGGAACAAGUGCUGGCCAUCGAGCUUCUUGCAGCCUGCCAGGGCAUAGAGUUUCUACGCCCCCUGAGAACAACCACUCCUCUGGAGAAGGUGUAUGACCUGGUGCGCUCUGUUGUAAGGCCCUGGAUAAAAGAUCGCUUCAUGGCUCCAGACAUUGAGGCUGCUCACAGGCUGCUUGUAGAGCAGAAGGUUUGGGAGGUCGCUGCACCAUAUAUUGAAAAAUACAGAAUGGAACAUAUUCCAGAAUCCAGACCUGUUUCUCCAACAGCCUUUUCACUGGAAUUUCUACAUAAGAAAUCCAUCAGAAUUCCAGAGUCCGGGGAUCUUUAAUGGGCUUUGUCAUAGAUUAGUAGAUCAGAGGGUCCUUGGUUGAACAGCAAGCAAUAUUAUGCUGAAGAGGCCUGAGGACUUUCCUAAGUAGAUCAAUCCAUUAUAUUGUUCAGUUCUGCUAAAACCUCCUUUGCUUAGGCUGGUGACAUCAUUGAAGUUGCUCACUCUAGCACUGUGUUCUUGUUGACCUGGUUUGAAACACAGAAGCUGUUUUCAGAUUAUAGGAGUUUUCUCUCUUCCUUAACAGUAUCAACAGGCCAC